AUGGAUGAAUCGUAUUUCGAUGAUGACCCUCACUUUGGAGAAGAGUGGGACGAAACUGUAUUGAGUCAAGUAGAGGAGGCUGAGGCAGCCUUCAUGUUGAAAGACUCCACCAUAAAAGAAAAAGAAGUUGAUGGCCCAUCUCCAUCACUUGAACACUUGAAGGUUUCAAAUCAAAAAGAAGUCAAUGGCCCAUCUCCUGACCACAUUAAGGUCUUGAACCAAGUAUUUGGCCACAAGCAAUUCAAGCCAUUGCAAUGGAACAUUAUAAGCUCUAUAAUAAAGGAAAAGAGAGACUGCUGUGCUGUAAUGAUGACAGGAUAUGGAAAGUCCCUUUGUUUCCAGUAUCCUUCAGUUUAUACUGGUGGCAUAACUAUAAUAUUAUCUCCACUAAUUUCACUAAUGCAAGAUCAAGUAUUGUCAAUGAAGAUUGCAAAUGUUCCUGCUUGUUUGUUAGGUACUGCUAACAAAGAGCAAAACAAAACCAUUGAGGAGAUUUUCAAUAACAAAUAUUUAUUGGUUUAUUGUACCCCAGAGUUCUGUACUGGACAUUAUGGCAGAAGUAUCUUGGUCGAGUGUCAUAAAAAACUGUCGAUUACUUUGAUAGCAAUAGACGAAGCCCAUUGCGUGAGCAGCUGGGGGCAUGAUUUUCGGCAAAAAUACAGACAACUUGGAAUUUUGCGAGAUUUAAUGCCUGAAGUUCCUAUUUUGGCAGUUACAGCCACUGCAACAGAGAAAGUUCGGCAAGAUAUUGUAGAUUCCUUGAAAUUAAGAAAUCCUCAAGUUUUAUGUUCGAGUUUUGACAGAGAAAAUUUCUACUUUGAAGUGAACAGAAAAGGAUUAUCUGUAUGCAAUGAUCUGAAAAAGGUUAUGAAACGAACUGAGGAUGGUUAUAGAUUUUCUGGUUCCACUAUUAUAUAUUGCAUCACGAAAAAGAAAACGGAAGAAUUAGCGAUGGUACUGACAUCCAUGGGUAUUAAGUGUCAAGCAUACCAUGCGGGUCUACCACUUAGUGUUAGAAAAAAAGUACACGAAGGAUUUGUGGAAGAUAAUUUGGACGUUGUGAUAGCAACAGUAGCCUUUGGUAUGGGCAUUGAUAAACCAGAUGUAAGGAAUGUGAUUCAUUAUGGAAUUUCACAGAGCAUCGAAAGUUAUUAUCAAGAGGUUGGCCGAGCAGGACGAGAUGGUUUACCAGCCAAAUGUAUACUGUUUUAUGCUGACACAGAUUUCUCUACUCUCAGGAUGUUGGCAGGGAAAUCACAAAUAUCAGAGGCUAAUCGAAUUAGAAGAGAACAAAUGUUGAAACUUGUUGAGGCUUACCUGAUCUCGAAAGAAUGUAGGAGGAAAUUUAUUAUUUCUCACUUUGAGGGAAAAGAGGUUCCAGUCGAAAAUCAGUCAUAUUGUUGCGAUAACUGUUCAAAUAAAGGAUCGAGAGAGCAAAACGAUCAUAAGAUUUAUGAAGGCGUUGAUGAAAAUGGGAAUUAUGAUUUCACUGAUGAUGCAAAGUUGUUACUAAAACUGAUGAAAUCUAUUGAUCACAGAUAUGGCAUGAGUACAUUCAUAAAUAUGUUGAGAGGUUCCAAGAGAAAGAAACUUUCCAAUCACUUUCAAAAUCCGUAUUUCGGAUCUGGAAAAGAUAAAAGCGAGAUAUGGUGGAAAGAAAUAGGUAAACUGUUGACUAAACAUGAAUUCAUAACUACGAAAGUUAUACCUCAACCUAGUAGUUUCAUGUCUACUACUGUAGAAGUAACUCGGAAGGGUGAGAAGUUCUUAACAAAUCCAUCAAGUUGUAUGAAAGAUACCCCUUCACCCUUGAUUACUCCAUUCUUGAAAAUUAAAGGAGAUGUUUGGAUCAGCAGUAAAUCCCAAACUAGAUCUGCUAGUUCUAGUGCUAGUACCGCUGGUUCUAGGAAUAUUUGGAUCAGCAAUAAAUGCCAAACUAGUUCUGCUAGUUCUAGUGCUAGUACCCUUGGUUCUCCUGGUACUGCAAAGGUAUUGGUUCCUCCAUCAGAAAAUGAUGAAGGAAAGAAGGAAGUCCUGAAGUUGUACAAGGCAUUGCUGAACAAAAGAUUGGAAUUAGCUCAGAAAGAGAAUUGUUUGCCUUACAUGAUUGCGUCUAAUAAAGCUAUUUUAGAUAUGGCUGAAAAGAAACCCAAAUCUUUGGAAGAAGUAGAAAAAUUUCAAUUUGAUGGAAUGAAUGCUGUGAAAAUAACCAAAUAUGGAGGGGAGUUUUUGAAAGUAAUUUUGUCAUCCCGUCCUUCAAUGGAACAAGUCUUGAGUUUGCACCCAUUACCUGGUCUACCAAAACUAAACGAUUCCAUAACAAUAUCAUAUCACCUUUAUCGGAGUGGAAAAUCUUUGGAAGAAAUUGCUGAAAACAGGAAUUUGACUGCCGCAACAAUUACCCGACAUCUCGUCGAUUGUAUGAAAUAUGGAUAUAACGUAGAGUUGUCAAGAUUAGGCGUUAAUAAAGAAAUUGCGCAUCUUAUUUUAGACGCAUUGAAAACAGUGGAGACGGGACUUUCAUUGUUGAAACCUAUAAAACUGGCAUGUCCUGAAGAAGUUGAAUAUGGACACCUUCAUGCAAUGCAGAGUUAUCUUCGAGUUCGUGAGCACCUGGACGCUCUAAACUUGCCAUAUAAGGACUUUGAAGAUGUUGACUAUUAUCAAAUGUACAAGCCAGGGAAAUUUAUGAAAAACCAGAAAGAGGAUAGUAUUCCCGUGGAGUCGAAUUGCCUAACACAAGAACAGAAAAAAGAGGAUGUUGAAUAUGGAUGUAUAAAUGAAGAAGACAAGGAUGUAAUUUUUGUGGAGUCCGAUAUUGAAGAAAAAGAGGAUACCAUUCUUGUGGAUUCGGAUUGCUCAACACAACGACAUGAACAAGAGGAUCUUAAAGAGAGAAAUCUAACACAAUUCAUAAAGUGUCUGAAAGAACUCGAAGAUAUGGACCCGGAAGCAUUAAAUAAACAUUGCUUUGAUAGGCUUGAUGAUGCAGAUGUUCAAGAUAGAGAACCAAAACACAAGCGACAUAAACCCAGUUAUUCUCCUGUAAAAUCUGAAAUCAAUUACUCGGUUCUGGAUUCCCCUGAACGGCAAUCGACGUUAGAAGAUAAUCAUAAUCGACCAAGUCAAGAGCCCGUUUGUGAUUCGACAGAAGUUAGUGUGAAAAAAGAGGAGAAAGAAAGUGAUGUUAAGGAUAGUAUGGAUGGUGCGAAUUUCCGGUUGAAUGGUAGACAGGUAAAUGUAGAGAGUAGUAUUAAGAAGGAAGUUAUGCAGACAAGUGUAAGUGGGAGUGAGAACAAUCAACAGAAAAAAAUCAAUUUACCACCAUGGUUAACCACUAAGAAAACUUGA